UGGAAGGGGAAGUUAAAAAAAAAAAAAAAAAAAGAGCUGGAAUCUAGAAUUCUACAGGAAAUACAGGUCAUGCUCCGGGAGGCUACGCCAACUAGAGAUUUCGUGGAAAAAGUCUAGAAAACAAUGGAAAGCCCAGAUCCUGGAGGCCUUAGAAUCCAGAGUGAGUCACUCAGCUUUUGCGUUAUGGCAGUGGAUGAAAUUGGAGGGCUGUCAGUAGGGAGAACUGUGAGUAGGACAGCUUGAAAAACACUGUAGAUGAGACCACACCCUGGGAAGUAAAACCAGAUGGGCUUGUGUAAAUAUGAAUGACACGAAAGGGACUGACGUUUGGAGAUCCGGUGGAGGAAGAGGAAUAAAUGAAGUGGCUGACUGCAUGUGGAAACAGAGAGGGCGGAAGGCCUCAAAGGAAGCCUUGUGCUCAGCAGCCAACUGACCAUGGCAACAACUCCCGCUGCUGCCUUCGAGGCCCUUAUGAACGGAGUGACAAGCUGGGAUGUCCCCAAAGGCCCCAUCCCCUGUGAACUCCUUCUUAUUGGAGAGGCCUCCUUCCCAGUGAUGGUGAAUGACAUGGGCCAGGUCCUCAUUGCUGCGUCCUCCUAUGGCCGAGGCCGCCUGGUGGUGCUGUCCCAUGAGGGCUAUCUGCUGGAUACCGGCUUGGCUCCAUUUCUUCGCAAUGCGGUGGCCUGGCUCUGUCCCUCACGUGAGGCUCCCGUUGGCGUGCACCCCUCCCUGGCGCCACUAGUAUGCACCCUGCAGGGGUUUGGGGUUGAGGCACAGAUUCAGCCAGAACCGGGAGACCCCCUGGGGGUUUACUGCAUCAAUGCCUACACAGACACCCUGACUGCAGAGCUGAUCCAGUUUGUGAAAUGUGGAGGGGGCCUGCUCAUCGGAGGCCAGGCCUGGUAUUGGGCCAGUCAGCAUGGUCGUGACAAGGUGCUAUCCAGGUUCCCCGGGAACCAGGUGACCAGUGUGGCCGGAGUGUACUUCACCGACACCUAUGGGGACACAGGCCGGUUCAAGGUGUCAAAGAAGGUCCCUAAGAUCCCACUCCAGGUCAGGUGUGGGGAGGACGUCACGCAGGACCAGCAUCAACUCCUGGAAGGGAUCUCAGAGCUGGACAUCAAGACGGGAGGAAUCCCCUCGCAGCUGCUGGUUCACGGGGCGCUGGCCUUCCCUCUGGGGUUAGAUGCCUCCCUCGGCUGCUUUCUGGCCGCUGCCCGCUAUGGCCGGGGCCGUGUGGUCCUGGCUGCCCACGAGGGCAUGCUCUGUGCUCCCAAGAUGGGGCCCUUUUUGCUCAAUGCUGUGCGCUGGCUGGCCAGAGGCCAGAUGGACAAAAUUGGGGUGAACCCAAGUCUAAAAAACCUGCAUGUCCUACUGUCAGAGCAUGGCCUACAGUGCAGUCUGGUACCCCAUCUGAAGGAUAGCCUGGGUGUCUACUGCUGUGUGGCUUACAGUGACAAGGAAGCUAAGCAGCUGCAGGAGUUUGUGGCCGAGGGAGGGGGCUUGCUAAUCGGGGGCCAGGCCUGGUGGUGGGCCUCCCAGAACCCAGGCCGCUCCACAUUGGCUGGUUUCCCUGGUAACAUCAUCCUCAACUGCUUUGGCCUCAGCAUCCUCCCUAGGACUCUUGACCCAGGCUGUUUCCCGGUCCCCACUCCCCAUAUGCGGAGCUACCACUUCCGCAAGGCACUGUCUGAAUUCCAGGCUGUCCUGACCCGGGGGGACAGGAACUUGGAAAAGGGCUGGCUAGCAAAACUGGGAGUGGACGGUGCCGCUUUCCUGCAGAUUCCUGCAGAGGGAGUCCCCGCUUACAUAUCCUUGCACCGGCUCCUGAGGAAGAUGCUGCGCUUGUCAGGCCUCCCAGCCGUGAGCCGGGAAAACCCGUUGGCCAGUGACUCCUGUGAGGCCGCAGUGCUCUGCUUGGCCACGGAGCUGGCACGCUCUGGGACCGACUGCUCUCAGCUGGCACAUGGGCCGGGAACUGGGACCUGCCACUCAGAAUUCCCUGUCACUGUGGAGGUGGAUGGAAGCAACCCAGGCCACGGUGAGUCCUGGGUGAGCACUGGACUCUACCUCCUGAACGGACAAAACGCAGAAGUCUCGCUGUCUGAAGCUGCAGCCUGUGCUGGCCUGAAGGUACAGGUUGGCUGCCACACCGACGACUUGAGCAAGGCCGGCAAGCUGUGUCGAGCCCCUGUGGUGACUCACCAGUGCUGUAUGGACAGGACCAAACGGUCGGUCUCCUGUCUCUGGGGUGGCCUUCUCUACGUCAUCGUGCCCAAGGGCAGCAAACUGGGCCCCAUGCCCGUCACCAUCCAGAGGGCUGUGCCUGCCCCGUACUACAAGCUGGGGAAGACAUCCCUAGAGGAGUGGAAGAGGCGUACCCAGGAGAGCCCAGCUCCCUGGGGAGAGCUGGCAACAGACAACAUCAUCUUGACGGUGCCAACCACGAACCUGCGGGCCCUGGGGGACCCCGAGCCCGUGCUCCGGCUCUGGGACGAGAUGAUGCAGGCGAUAGCUAGGCUGGCGGCCCAGCCUUUCCCAUUCCUCCGUCCCGAGAGGAUCGUUGCUGACGUGCAGAUCUCGGCUGGUUGGAUGCACUCAGGGUACCCCAUCAUGUGCCACCUGGAGUCGGUGCAGGAGCUCAUCAAUGAGAGCAGCAUAAGAAGCCGUGGUCUGUGGGGACCCAUCCACGAGCUGGGCCACAACCAGCAGAGGCACGGGUGGGAGUUCCCCCCACACACCACUGAAGCCACUUGCAACCUCUGGUCAGUCUACGUGCAUGAGACAGUCCUUGGCAUCCCCAGGGCCCAGGCCCACCCUGCUCUGAGCCCACCAAAACGAGAGAAGAGGAUCAAAGAGCACCUAGGGAAGGGAGCCCCCCUGUGUAACUGGACCGUGUGGACAGCUCUGGAAACAUAUCUACAGCUCCAGGAGGCCUUUGGAUGGGAGCCAUUCACCCAGCUCUUUGCUGAGUAUCAGACGCUCCGUGACACCCCCAAAGACAACGCUGGCAAGAUGAAUCUGUGGGUGAAGAAGUUUUCCGAAAAAGUGCAGAAGAAUCUAGUUCCUUUCUUUGAGGCCUGGGGCUGGCCUGUCCAGAAGGAAGUGGCUGACAGCCUGGCCUGUCUGCCUCAGUGGCGGGAAAACCCCAUGCAGGUUCAUGUCCACACUGUGUAAAGCUGUGCAGAGUUGGUGGGAGGAGAGCAGGCCCCUCGCUCGCUCUACCACCCAUGAGCCUGGCCUCGUGUACCUUGAGCCUGAAUCCUACUUCCUACUCUGUCUUCAGGACAGCUAUUAAGGUUUAAGACAAAAUGAAACCAACUUUCUCCGGAAAAUGCCCUGGUGCUUCUUUGUAUUUUCACUCUGCGUAUCCAUUCUCAUCAGCUAGUGGAAGAUUUUUGCUCUUGGCAUCUUGAGGUCCUGCAGGCUCUUGGCUUCUCUUUGUGGCCAACAGUUCUAAAGACCAUGGAUUAUGGAUUACCAUAAUAAUCUGGUAUCACUCCCUCGCCCCUGCCAGCCUGAGCAAGGCUCUUCAUUUCUUAUGCUCUGAGAGGUUUUCUAACAGCAAGAACGACAGGCUGAUGUAGUGGAGAGAACCCUGGACCAGCUUUGGUUCUGUAGAAAGCCACUAACGCCUCUGUGCUUCUGCAUUCUUGUCCAUGACGUGGGGAUAAAAAUCUGUGGCUCCAUGAUGGGGAAGGUGUUGGUGACAGGGUACUCUUAAGCCUUCACCAGGUCCUACAGUGGCCCGUCUGUCCAGUUUCGUGCGGACAACCUACAAAUUGAAUCUUACUUCAGGGUUGGCCACCUUGAGGUCAGCAUUCAGUCCUCGUGGGAGAGGAAUGACUAUCGGUGUCUUUCCCAGACAUGGUAUCAACGAUAGUUGUCAGGAUCCUAGCCCAUCUAUAUCCUUUCCCCUGCCUCUGGAAUUAUUCUUGUGUAUAACCUACAGAACGGUGUAAACUCAAGAGAAUGGUGUGAACUCAACUGGAGGUUACAAAGCUUUUGGGGUUUGGUCUUGGUUAGUUCCAUCUUCCAGUAUUUUUGUUUCAGCCAAAGGUAGAAGUCGCUCUAGCAACCCUACCGAGUCUAUAGUCUGUUUGUUCUUAGAACAAAACAGGCUACGACUCCUCUGGUCGCCAUGGAAUCGGGACGCUGUCCGUGGACAGCAGGUGUGCUGGGAGGUCCAUGGAUGUGGCAGGCUUCACUCUGGGACAGGAUUACUGGGUGCAGCAGACCUAAUGAACCCACAAUCACUUAAUUCACUCACAACCCAGCAUCCCCGGAACUUUCUCAUAAUCUCAUUCCAGCCCAUCCCUGCUCUUUGGUUGGGUGGAGUUCUAAUUAGACUUGUCUCCAGGAUUAAUGGGAUGUACAACUAGCCAUUUUGCUCCAGCUUACUUUUAAAGCAUACUUUUGUUGUACUGAAUAUCAAUCCAUGAGCUUUGUUGAGAGUAGAGUGGCUCCUCUGAAAGAACUGACCUAGGGAAUGUCUUUUUCUGAGUCCCAUCAGCACAUCUCUCAAUUCUAGGGUAAUUUCCUUUUAUUUCACUAGUGUCCUUGGCCAGGUACUUUUCAUAUAAAAGGUGCUCAGGAAAUAUUAAUUGAAAGAGCAGUAAUGACACCUAACACAUAAUGAAUGAGCAGUCGCUAUGUCCCAGGUAUUGUGGGAGGUAUUUUCUUUGAGUUAAUGGAAUCUUUGCAACAGAACUCUGAUUUAGAUACUAUUAUUAUUCCCACCUCAUAGAUGAGAAAACGGACACUAAGGGAUAUUAAACAACUUCUGAUGUCACAAAGCUAAUAGAGGAAGAGUUGGCUUGACUGAAAAGCCCACAGAAAUGAAAAAAAAAAAACAUGUGGAUCUUAUCUUCAGUGAAUGAUUUACGAUUUAAACAAAAAUCCACCUAGAAAAUGGAUGAAAGGAAGUUCAGCGGAGGUUUGAUUUAUCCUUCACUGUUGAGUUUUUAUUAAAUAUCAAAUUUAACCUCCAAAAAGCUAUCUACCUGAUUUUCUCAUCUCAGCACAUCAUUAGCCUCCCGGUAGAUGGAGAAAAGGAUUUGAACCCAGGCAAUUCUACUCCAGAACUGGUGUUAGUUGAGGGGUAAAUUGAUGAAUAAUGCUAGGUGUUAUAGGUGGCCAUAGACACAAGGACAAAAUCUGACUUUUCCCCACACUCUGCAGAGGAAGUUGGAGCUCUUCUUUCUCUUACACCGACUGUGGCUCUGCCACUUGUUUCUAAAUUCAGUUCAUUGUCACUGUGACGCUCCCCAUGUAUUCCUGAAUACACAAAAACUAAUUUGCUGCCAAUGGUUGGGAUAAUCUAUGAUUUCUGAGAUGUUGACCUCUAUAAUUUUAUAAUUCUAAGUCUAGAGAAAUUAUUCUUAGAAAAUUAUUUAUACAUAACAGGAUAAAUACUAAAUACAGCUCGUCCAGGUUUGGAACUUGUACCUACAGUUUCCCUCAGACUAUAUACUUUUGCCCUGUCAUUACGUGUACAGGAUAUGGGUGUUUUGUUGUUUUUUUUUGUCUUUUGUUUUUUGCGGCCUCCCACCAGCUACUUUAUUACUUUGGCAAAAGCCCCACCAGUUUUCCUUUGGUAUCACCACUCUCAACACAGAGAGGCCACUUGGUUUGGAAGGAGUGGGCAUAGAAUCCAGACCAGGCUCAUGUGAUCGUCUGGACCUUCUGACACUUGAUUGGUUCAAAUGAUGAGAGGGCAGCGCAUGCCAGGCUGAUGAAGUGCCAGCCACUGACUUUUACUGGAUAGACUGGGAAGUACACAUUUUCUUUGGUACUGGAGAACUGGAGUGAAACGUGUAAAAAGAUUGCCAGGUACUGUUCAUUAUUAAAGCUCAGUGAAAGAACAGUUGGGUUCAUUCCUCAACUUUUCCAUCUAUUUGAAAGUUGUGUAAUAAAUAAAAAUUGA